AUGAGGGUUUGUGCCUACUAUUAUUACAUCUUGUGUGAUUUGUGGGGCAAUGCUCCUGACUGGAGCUAUAACAGACAGAUCAUUGAACUGGAAGCUCAGACUUCUCCAAGCUACUUUGAGCUUCUGAUAUCCUUAAUCCAACAGGCCAAGAAGAAAAUAACAGUGUCAGAUGAUGGGUUCACCCAACUCUGCAAGGUGAGACUGGUCCAGGACUCCUUCAAUAUCUUUGAGCAGAACUGGAAUGCAGGGAUCCAGAUUCCCAGAUGUACAUUGGCAGCUAAGCUAGGAGAGCUGUGGGAGAAUUCUGGAUUCACAGACUGCUGCCUGGUGGUAGUUGGCCAGGAAUUCCGGGCUCACAAGGCCAUCUUAGCAGCUCGCUCUCCAGUUUUCAGAGCAACUCAACAUGAUAUGAAGGAGAGCAAAAGUAACUGCAUUGAGAUCCAUGACCUCGAGCCGCAAGUCUUCAAGGCAAUGAUGGACUUCAUUUACACUGGAACAGCACCAGACAUGGACAGCUUGGCAGAUGCUGUGCUGGCAGCUGCUGACAAGUAUUGUUUGGAGCAUUUGAAGGUCAUGUGUGAGGCUAAACUUUUCAGAGACCUCUCUGUGGAGAAUGCUGCCCACACUCUCUUCCUGGCUGACCUCCACAGCUCAGGGCAGCUGAAAACCCAGACACUGGAUUUCAUUACCGUUCAUGCUUCUGAGGUCUCUGAGACCUCAGACUGGAAGGCAAUGGUGGGCUCAUAUCCCCAUUUAGUGGCUGAAGCAUACCAUUCCCUGGCUUCUGCUCAUCUCCCUUUCUUGGGGCCCCCUUUCAAACGCUUGAAGCAAUCCUAG